UGUGAUUCACUCAACCUAACACGCCGAACACAGAGAGAGAGACAGAGAGAGAGAGAGAGAGCGCGAGCGAGCAUGAUUUAGUCUAGUACAUAAACUGUCUCCGCGUGACUUGUCGUUUAUUUGCGUAUGGGGGACACUGAGCUCCAGAGAACAACCUGAGUUUUGUGUGAACGUGCAGGAUACUUCCACCUGACCCAGGAGUAUUUGAAAAAAAGAGCACGGCACUCUGCAAUUCACCUGAGCCGCACGAGGACAUCGUUUGCAUGAAACUGUGCCCAGAUAAAAGCAGUGGAUGCAACUACGCUCCAUUUAUAGAAGAAAGGUGGAAGAGUGGGAGAAGCUCUGAAGAGGACCAGUUGACCAGCAGCAGUUACACCUCAGCGAAAAUCUCCUCCAAACCCAACCUGAAACACAUCAUGUCUCUCAGCACUUUCCACCUCAUGCAGACCCUCAAGAACUCCCCUGCUGCAUUGCGUCGCCGCUUCCGCCGCGACCGCACGGAGUCUUUGUCCCACGGUGACCCUCUCUUCAAAGUCCACUACCUGGGCACGGAGAAAAUCUUCUCCCUGGAUCGGGAGCAGGCCCAGGACGCCAUCAGCCACCUGCUGGAAGGCAUUGCCAACGGGAAGAAGCUGAGCAAAGAUCACGCCCUGGUGGUGCGCCCGAGAUACGUCGAGGUCAAGGAGCUGAGCACGGGCAGGCAGCUCACCAAGACGUACCUGCAGGACAUUGCGUACUGCGCUGCUGACGCCAACCGGCCCAACGUCUUCCUCUACAUCUGCAAGCAUCACGGGCAGCAGCUGCAAUGCCGGGUGUUCUGGUGCAGCCGGGCGGAGAGGGCACGGGACAUGACGGCCUGUCUGGCUCACUCCUUCCAGCGGGCGCUGAGCGACUGGCAGCAGGACGGCUCGGCCACGCUGCCAGGGGAGGUGAAGGGGAAACGGGUAGAGGAGUCGUCCAACUCUCCUGCCAACGCGAAGAGCUCCACCCUGCCUGCCAGUCUGGGCAAAGUUCGCUGGAAGAAGAGAGGCUCUGUGUCUCGCAGCCCCCUGAGGGCCAUCACCAGGAGAGGAUCUGCCUCCGACAGCUGGAACUGAACGCCCCGCCCCCAGGUUUAAACCCCCUCAACUACGGGACCAUGUUAAUCUAAUGACAACCUCAAGGAUGACAGCACUGAAGGGAGGGAGGGAGUGAUGACAAGACAGAGGGAAGGACAAAGGGGACGCAACUGGGAAGUGGGGAAAGUCUGUAUUUGGACGUAACUGUGUGAGGACUCUGCUUGUGAAAGGAUGUUGCCAUAAUCAGUGAGUGUGUGGACUUGAAGGUUCGUGACGCGCCAAAGCCGUCUGACGGCUUUCUUUGCAGAGCGCGGUGCUCCGAAGCGGCGUGAGAUGCCGUUGACGGCUUUCUUUGUUCACCUGUCAGUGAAGGAUGUGAGGACUUGUGAGUGGCUGCCGCUGGGAGGAGCAGAUUUGAUUCACCUCAUCAUGACUGUUCUCGGUUGGCUUGUUUGUUUUUAAGGAGUCUGCUCGAUACAGAGGCCACUGAGGGGGUUUGGUCUGUUGGAAAGAGACAGUUAAACCAACAGUGAUGCUGUCAAAUGAUCCACAGGCAAAACUGGAAAAAGACAACGAGAGUCUUGAUGUUUUUGAAGGCUGAUUUUUAUUUAACUGACAUUUGUGACAGGUCAUGAUGAUUUUAUUUGUUUUUUUACCUAUGUGGCACUAGAGAGUAUGUUUCUCUUCAUUUUUUUAAAUUGGAUGGACAAAACCAAACUUUUAAUAGCUAUUGUGGGAGUUUGCAAGAUUACAUCCUGUAGAUGUCAAGAUACAGAGAAAAAUGCUGCCAUGUCAUAGAAAAGUAAUACUGUCUCCAUUGAUAAUUUCUGAGCACUUUCCAAAUUUCCAGCUGUAAAAUUUGACACGUGAACACAUCACAGUUUAAUUCCUACUCAUGAAACCAUAAGUUUUACCAUGUCUGACUGCAUUUUAAGAGGCCAUUUGCUCUUAUGAACUGUAAGACAGGCCCAGCACCUGCAUUAUAAAUAAUAAAAAGACCUCUGCAGAACUUGCAGGGUCAAGAGAAUCCUCCCCUCACGCACUACAGCAACAUCCUGCAAAAAACAAACAGACCCUGCCUGUUCCACAACGAUAAAUAAUUUGCAUCUAUGUGGAAAGAACCCAUUCGGUCAGCCAUGACUCGCAGGGUUUGUUUGCGUCCCGAACACUGGGAACGCUGUGUUCCCAGUAUGGAGCCUCUGUGAGGAAUGUGCGGCCGUGCACCUGCAUUCCAAUGGGGGGAAAUCUGAGAUGGAGAAUCUUCUUAAAAAGCUCCAAAUUCCUCACCAUGUCCAGCCAUGACUUUGCAUUUGGAGCGGCCUCAUCAGCAAGACGCUACAAUGUGCUUUUAAGUCUCGAAGCCUCGACUCGUUCGCAUUAUCAAAGCCAUAAAAGGUCGCCCUGACUACUUAAGUCCUCUUAAAGUGACGGUUAUCGGCAUUGAUAUGUGCAGAAUUGCAUAAUGUGCUCUCAUGAAGGCCAUUUCUGUCCAAGGUUUACAAAUGAGAGACUUGAGGGUUAGAGCUGCACCCUGGGCCCACCAUUCAGUUCUCAUUUGUGUUUUCUGACCAAAACUAAGCUAGAGAAGUCACCCUUUUAACAGAAAAGGUGCCUGUGUUUUUUGACCGAUGUGCCACUUGGUUUUUAUUUUAACUUUUUGUACCCUCAAUGUAUCUUUUACAAACGGCAGAACCCCCAUCUCAGAAAAGGGGGUUAAAGUGCCUGCUUUAAGAUGUAUUUUAUCAAUGUACUGUUUUGUCAUUGAACAUAUUUAAUUAAAUAUGUAUUUUAUGAAUUAUUAAAACUUUUUUUAUACAAGA